CUUGACGUCCUCACCAUCGAUCUGGUAGCCAUAAGCUAGGUCCACUACGGUCGCGACCCAUGUUCCCAGUGUGGUCCACUUCAUGCUGUCGGCGUUGCGAGCAUGUGCAGACAAUCCGAUGUGGCGGCGGCAAAAUGGACUACCGAGGCAAUUCACGAGUGACGAUGUCGUAAUGGAAAGGAGUGGCUCGAUGGCCGCAGAUUGCCUCCGACAGCUCCGGAUGUGGCUGUACUAUAACCAAGAUAUAAGGCAGUUUCUUCGUAACUGCCUUUACGAUCCUCUUGAAAAUCCCGAACACCAUUGUUGACGCGUCGGCGAGAAGUCGCGACAAGGAGAAUACGAACACAAAGGAAUCACAAAG